AUGGCUGCCUCUGCGCCUGAUCAUAUCUCCAUCACGGUUGAGUUUACUGGUGGCUUAGAGAUCCUUUUUUCGAAUCAACGCAAACAUGACAUCACACUACCGAGUCGCUUGGAUGACGGUAGCCGGCCCAAUAUCACCUUCCUUCUCGGAUACCUCGUCGAAAACGUCAUGAAAGACCAGCGAAAGGAGCUGUUCAUCCUAGAAGAUAACGUGCGACCUGGGAUUCUUGUUCUCAUCAAUGAUGCCGACUGGGAACUGGAAGGAGAGGAAAAGUACGAGCUUCAACAAGGUGAUAAUAUUGUGUUUGUUUCUACAUUGCACGGAGGCUAG